AGAGAGGAGGGAAACACGAUUGAAGGGGAAAAUCCAGUUUUCUUUGCCUCCCUUUCAGCUUUCAAAUCCGAAAAACCCUAAUUAUCUCUUCCGACUAUGAGUUACCCUAAUUACGACUCCAGAUACGGUGAUUCAGGCUCCUAUCGACAGCGACGAAGUGACCUAAUGGGUCCGCAGCCUUCCAUGUAUCCACGGCCUAUGUCUGGUGGAGGUGCCGCUAGCUACGGCCGUGGUGGGCCGCUUCCUUAUGGAGGUCCUCAGGCAGGGGGUCCACCGCCUAUGGAUGAUGGUUCUAGAGGGGGUAUGAGUGGAUCUGGACGCGUUGGUGGUGGGUAUCAACCUUUUGAAGGUGGGUUUUCAAGAGGGUCGGAUAUAGGCAGGUUUGGAGGUGGAGGAGUUGACAGAGUGGCUAAUGGUGGUAUGGGAGAACGGCCUGGGAGAUUUGGUGCUGGGGCAAGCUACAGUGGAGGUAGGAGUGGUGGUGGGAGAAGAGGUAGGGGUUUUGAUGGAGGCUACAGUGGUGGACGAGGAGGUGGAAGUGGAAGGUUUAGUUCGGACGGAGGACGUGGUAGUAGUGGCGGGAGAGGAGGUAGGCAUGGGAGAUCACGAGAUGAUCUUGACAACCUUACUCUUCCAAAGCAAGACUUUGGAAAUUUGGUACCUUUUGAGAAGAACUUUUAUGUUGAAAAUCAUGCGGUGAGGGCAAUGACAGAUCAGGAGGUUGCUCAUUAUCGUGCACGGCGUGACAUUACCAUUGAAGGACAGGAUGUCCCUAGGCCAAUUCAGAUGUUCCAUGAGGCGAACUUUCCUGAUUAUUGCCUCGAGGUUAUUUCAAGACUAGGAUUUGUUGAGCCAACACCUAUCCAAUCACAAGGAUGGCCAAUGGCUUUAAAGGGCAGAGACUUAAUUGGAAUUGCUGAAACCGGUUCUGGAAAGACUUUGGCAUAUUUAUUGCCUGCUUUGGUCCAUGUCAGCGCACAGCCCCGGUUGGCACAAGGUGAUGGUCCAAUUGUGCUGGUAUUAGCACCUACAAGAGAAUUAGCUGUUCAGAUUCAAGAAGAAGCUGUCAAAUUUGGAUCACGUGCCAACAUAAGAAGUACUUGCAUUUAUGGUGGUGCCCCAAAAGGACCUCAAAUCCGUGACCUUAGAAGAGGAGUUGAAAUUGUGAUAGCAACCCCCGGUCGGUUAAUAGAUAUGCUGGAAGCUCAACAUACAAACCUGAAACGAGUGACAUAUCUUGUAUUGGACGAGGCUGAUCGAAUGCUGGAUAUGGGGUUUGAGCCUCAAAUAAGGAAACUAAUUUCCCAGAUUAGACCAGAUAGACAAACCUUGUAUUGGAGUGCCACUUGGCCCAAGGAGGUUGAAGCACUGGCUAGGCAGUUUUUACGUAAUCCCUACAAGGUCAUCAUUGGGUCUCCAGAAUUGAAAGCAAAUCAAUCUAUAAGGCAAGUCAUUGAAGUUGUCACAGAUUUAGAGAAAUAUAGCAGGUUGAUUGGGCUUUUGAAAGAAGUGAUGGAUGGAAGCCGAAUCCUAAUAUUUGUAGAAACAAAGAAAGGAUGUGAUCAAGUCACAAGACAAUUGAGAAUGGAUGGAUGGCCAGCUUUAUCCAUCCAUGGUGAUAAAAGCCAGGAUGAGAGGGAUUGGGUCCUUGCUGAUUUCAAAACUGGAAGAAGUCCCAUAAUGAUUGCCACUGAUGUUGCUGCACGUGGUCUUGAUGUUAAGGACAUAAAGUGUGUUAUCAACUAUGAUUUCCCUUCAAGUCUCGAGGAUUAUAUUCAUAGGAUUGGCAGAACUGGACGUGCUGGUGCAACAGGAACUGCCUAUACAUUUUUCACUCACGCAAAUGCCAAGUUUACCAGAGAGCUUAUCAAGAUCCUGCAGCAGGCAGGACAAAUCGUUCCUCCUCAACUUUCUGCAUUAGCAAGGUCUAGUGGUCCUAGCACUGGAGGAAGCAAUUUCAGGUCUAGAGGACGAGGUGGCUUUGGGAACCGGGGACAGAGAUCUGGGUCUAAUGUAAUUCCUAUUGGCGGUUCAAGAAGGCCUUGGUAGUUACUGAGUCUAGUAUAGGAAAUGUAUACUAGACAUAAUUUUGGAAUUUCUCUAUGCUUUUUGCUUACAGUUGAAGCAUAUAGAUUUUAGUUAAACUCAUCUCUUUCCUUUCUAGUCUUGGUCGAGUUGGUUCAUUAUAUGGCCAGUUAUUAGGAAUUUGGAUAUGCAGAUGGAGAUAACAUAGUUUGUGCAGGAAUAGAAUAUUAUGCUGUCUGGUGCUA